CCACAACGCUCCACAGUUUCCCUUUAUAUAUAUGCCCUCCCCAAACACAAUUAUCACCCCUUGUCCCCAUCCUCUUUACUUUCUCUCUCAUCCCCCUCUCUCUCUCCACUCUAAUUUUGUUACAAAAAGGUCAUCAUAUCUCUCUAUAUCGUUUGAUCAACUUCUCAACACCCCCAAAACCCACACACAACAUACAUAUAUCAAAGACCAUUAUAUUAUAUUUAUAUAUAAAUAAAAUAACUAAUUUAAUUUCACAAAAUUAUUGAAAUACAUUUGCCGCCAUGAAACGCUACGAACUUGCUGCAAGUAUUGCACGAUCAAGCAGCUCCGAAAGCACUACCAAAAUCAUUCCGGCGGCGUUCGUGAGGUCAACGUCGACGUCGACGUCCUUCAACGACCUCGACCUCGACUAUGCGGAGGAGCUCUACCACCGGUCCGUCGUGCGCGGCGGCUCCCCCACCGCGGCCGCGGCGUCCGCGGCAGCCGCGUAUCGACGCCUAGAGAGAAACCGCGGCAGCGCCGUGGGCACCUUCCUCCGAUCACUCCUGUCGAUAAUCACAUUCCCCUCCAUCCUCCCGACGUGCAGGUGGCUGGGCGCCCCCAACCAACUCUCCGUCACCCCCGCCCUGGGGCGGAAGGUGACCGGAACCCUAUUCGGGCACCGGCGCGGCGCCGUGAGCUUCGCCGUCCAAUUGGAUCCGAGAUCCGUGCCCGUGUUCCUGAUCGAGUUCGCGGUGUCGACGGCGGCCCUGGUGAAGGAGAUGUCCGCGGGGCUGCUCCGGAUCGCGCUGGAGUGCGAGAAGCCAGCGGCGCGGCCGCGGAGGGGGGCGGCGCGGCUGUUUGGGGAGCCGGUGUGGAACAUGUAUUGCAACGGGCGGCAGUGUGGGCACGCGCAGGUGAGGGAGUGCAACGAGGCGGACUGGCACGUGCUGAGCACGGUGCAGAGCGUGUCCGUGGGCGCCGGCGUCAUCCCGGCGGUGGACGACGGGCGGAAGGGCGGCGAGCUGCUCUACAUGCGGGCCCGCUUCGAGCGGGUCGUCGGGAACCGCGAUUCCGAGGCCUUCUACAUGUUGAACCCGGACGGCAACGGCGGCCCCGAGCUCGGGAUUUUCUUGCUUAGGAUUUGAAUUAUACUAUAUGUUUCAACGUUUCACAUUUCUGUUUUUCAAUGGAGUAUUAUAGUGUUGCAAGUUUUGGAAAUAAAUCAUUGUCUUUAGGGGGCUUUGUAUUACUUACUAGUUAGUUACUUAAAUAAAUCAUCUAGUGUGCUUGAUUCUUCUUUAAAA